AUGCACACAACACAACACUUGACACUCAAAUAUACCAUAUGUAGCCCUAUAUGCACCACAACUAAGCGGGGUGAAGUGUGGCAUCAGUCGUGUUUUGUUUGCGCCCAAUGUUUUCGUCCGUUCAGUAAAGAUGCGAUAUUUUACGAGUUUGAGGGCCGGAAGUAUUGCGAACACGACUUCCACGUACUCUUCGCCCCGUGUUGUGGUCUCUGUCACGAGUUUGUUAUCGGCCGAGUUAUCAAAGCUCUGAACAACAAUUGGCAUCCGAUGUGCUUCCGGUGCGAGUUAUGCCAAACACCUCUCGCAGAUCAGGGAUUCUUUAAAAACACUGAAUUAAAUGCUCCAAAAGUUGUCACAUUUCUAUUGAAUUGCAAGAAUAGAGAGGGCGGAUAUGGAGGCGGACCGCAACAGAUCUCGCAUUUGGCCACAACUUAUGCGGCGGUCAAUGCUUUGGUAACCCUUUGCGACGAAAACGCAUUGCAGUCUAUUAACCGAAACGAAAUCAAAACUUUUAUACUUUCGAUGAAACAAAAUGACGGCUCAUUUCGCAUGCAUUCCGGAGGAGAAAUUGAUAUUCGUGGCGCGUAUUGUGCGAUAUCUGUGACCAAACUUUUGGACAUUGAAGACGAGAAUUUGUUUGAUAAUACUGUUGAAUGGCUGCUAUCGUGUCAGACAUACGAAGGCGGGUUCGGUGCGGCGCCGGGACAUGAGGCUCACGGGGGCUACACGUUCUGCGCCGUUGCAGCUCUCAUACUACUCAAGAGUUUAGACAAGUGUGACAUUAAAUCAUUGCUAAAAUGGGUUACAAAUAAACAACACAAAUAUGAGGGCGGCUUUGCCGGCAGAACCAAUAAAUUGGUUGACGGCUGCUAUUCCUUCUGGGAGGCGGCAGUCCUUCCCAUUGUUCACAUCUAUUUGACACAACAAAAUGCAUCGAUAGUGCCCACCAAUAAGUGGCUCUUCAAUCAGAAUGCGUUACAGGAAUACCUGCUCUGUUGCUGUCAAGAGAGAAGCGGUGGUCUAAUUGACAAACCGGGCAAAAAUCUGCCCACCAAUAAGUGGCUCUUCAAUCAGAAUGCGUUACAGGAAUACCUGCUCUGUUGCUGUCAAGAGAGAAGCGGUGGUCUAAUUGACAAACCGGGCAAAAAUCGUGAUUAUUAUCACACCUGUUAUACCUUAUCUGGGCUUUCAAUCGCGCAAAACACGCUCUCAAGUCAAGUGAUUGUGGGCCCACAAGACAACCGAGUGGUAUUCAUUCAAUUAACAAGUUAA